UAAACCCCCUUUUUUCCGCCUUUUUCCUCCUUUUUUCCCCACUCCACCUCCGACACUUUCCGCCCGCGCGAAGCACCGAGGCGUGAGGAUUUUUUAUUUUUUUUUCCCGGGUGAUGUUUUUACGCAAAGCGGCUCCGAAGUAGUGUUUAUUAUAUCAGGAAGCGGACCCGUGCGUGCUUAGCCUUAGCAUUAGCAUGGACACGGGCCAUUUCCAAGUCAACGCCGAGCUCCAUCCGCACGAUCUGAGAGGAUCUGACGAGCUUCUGUCCAGCGUCUCCAACGGCCCGUAUAUCAUGAGCACCACAGCCAAUGGCAGUGACAGCAAGAAGUUCAAAGCAGAGAUGCGUGGCGUGGGCUCUCCCUCUCGCGUGCUGCACAUCCGCAGACUCCCCACGGACGUCACGGAGACGGACGUCAUCAGCCUGGGCCUGCCCUUCGGAGACGUCACCAACCUGCUCAUGCUCAAGGCCAAGAACCAGGCGUUCCUGGAGAUGAGGUCAGAGGACGCCGCCGAGAGCAUGGUGGCGUAUUACUCGACUGUGCUGCCCGUGGUCAGGAAUCAGCCGGUGCACGUCCAGUUCUCCAACCACAAAGAGCUCAAGACGGACAACUCUCCAAACCAGGAGAGGGCGCAGGCAGCUCUCCGUGCCCUCAGCUCGUCCCACCUGGACCCCGCCGCCCCGCCCCCCAGCGCCGUGCUGCGUGUGGUGGUGGAGAACAUGGUGUGUGCCCCGGGCGCCGUCACGAUGGACACGCUCUACCAGGUUUUCUCAAAGUUCGGCACAGUUUUGCGGAUCAUCGUUUUCACCAAAAACAGCCAGUUUCAGGCGCUGCUGCAGUACUCAGACGGACAGGCCGCUCAGGCUGCUAAAGUGUUGCUGGACGGUCAGAACCUGUACAGCGGCUGCUGCACCCUGAGGAUCAGCUUCUCCAAACUCAACACUCUCGACAUCAAGUUCAACAACGAGCGCAGCCGCGACUUCACCCGCCCGGACCUGCCCAGCGGAGACGCACCCGCCAUGGAGCACCCGCCGCCCAUGGCCACCGCCUUCACAGCUCCCGGUCUGAUCCCUGCUGCUCCGUAUCCCACUGCCACUCACGCCUUUCCACACGCCUUCACCAUCCAGCCCACAGUGUCGUCGUACCCUGGCCUGGUCCCUGCCCUGCCAGGCACUCUCACCUCUCUGUCCCUGCCUGCUGCCUCCAGACUGGGCUUCGCGGCUCUCCCUGCAGCCAACGCCGUGCUGCUGGUCAGCAACCUCAACCCAGAGAGAGUCACGCCACACUGCCUCUUUAUUCUCUUCGGAGUGUACGGCGACGUGAUGAGAGUCAAAAUCCUCUUCAACAAAAAGGAGAACGCCCUGGUGCAGAUGGCCGACGCCACGCAGGCUCAGCUCGUGAUGAGCCACUUGACAGGGCAGCGCCUGCACGGGAAGCCCCUGAGGAUCACUUUGUCCAAACACUCCAGUGUCCAGCUCCCCCGAGAGGGCCACGAGGACCAGGGUCUGACCAAGGACUUCAGUACCUCCCCCCUGCACCGCUUCAAGAAACCUGGCUCCAAGAACUACUCCAACAUCUUCCCCCCGUCUGCCACACUGCACCUGUCAAAUAUACCCCCGUCUGUGGUGGAGGACGACCUGAAGAGGCUGUUCUCCAGCUCCGGAGCCAUCGUCAAAGCCUUCAAGUUCUUCCAGAAGGACCACAAGAUGGCUCUGAUCCAGCUGGGCUCUGUGGAGGAGGCCAUCGAGUCCCUGAUUCAGCUCCACAACCACGACCUCGGAGAAAACCACCACCUCAGAGUGUCCUUCAGCAAGUCCUCCAUCUGAGGAGAACCAGCCCGAGCAAGAAGAGGAGGAAGAGGAGGAGGAGAAAGAGAGAGGGGGAGAAAGAGAGGAGGAGACAGGAGAUAGGAGACAGGGGGCAGGGCUGACCAAUGAGGACACUGGGGUGGAUCAAUACGAGUGCUCAUACUACUAGGACUAACCAAUCACAAUCACAGAUAGAACAGGACAGAGCCACGACCAGCCAGUCAUCACGAGGAGAGGUAUACCCACUGAAAAAGGAAGAUUUUUUUUUAAAUGAUCUGAAAUGACUUGAGUUCAGAAUGUGAGUUACUGGCACAAACAGACGUGCAGACAAUUUUAUGAACGCAAUUUUGACGCAGAAGUGGGUCCGUGUACCAUUUGUUCUUUCGAAUUUCAGUUAAGAACGAAAAUCAAUAAAAUGGGAAAACAGUUUGUUAUUUUGUUUCCAUUUUAGUUUGUUUGUUUUUAUAUAGAUUCCCAUUAGCUACUGAAAAACAGCAACUAUUCUUCCUGGAGUCAGUGACACGCUGUAAAUGCAUUUUAUUAUUAUUAUUAUUAUUAAUGAAAAAUAACAAAAACGACCGACAAAUAAUCCAUAAUAUCAAAUCAUCAAUAUAAUACAUAAAAUUAAAUUAUAAAUAAUCAUCAAUAUAAUAAAAAUAAAUAAAUAUUAUAAAUAAAUAAGAAGAAAAUUAUUAUUAUCAUCCUUCUUCUUAUAAUAAUAAUAAUAAUAAUAAUAAUAAUAAAUCACAAAUAUUAGCUGCUCCUGAUUGAAAAUGAACACAUUUUGACCUCUAUUUCCAAUUUGCCAAUUUAAUUUAAAGUUUAUUUCAGCUAACACCAGUCAAAAAACUGUCUCGGUGCCUAUUUUAAUUUUAAUAUUUUAUUCUCUCUGGUUUAUUUGUCCCGGAAGUUCUGCUGAGUUUAUCGCCUCACUGCUUCUUUUUUCUCGUCAUGGACUUCUACAAUUACUUUUUAAGACGCAAAAGUAAACGCGUCGCUUUAAAAGAACACAAGAAAACACGUUCGUGCACAAAACUGCAAUGAUUUUUCAGGUAAAUCCUUCUAGCAGCAGAACUUUCAGGGCAAAUAAACCAGAGAAUAAAAUAUUAAAAUUAAAAUAGGCACCGAGACUGUUUUUUGAUUCGUGUUAGUUGAAAUAAAUGUCUGGAAAUAGAGUUUGAAAUCUGUUUUUUUUUUUUUUUUUUUGACACUAAAACGGAAUAAUGAAAUAAACUGUUUUCCCAUUUUAUUGUUUUUCUUUUGCAAUUGAAAUCCAAAAGAACGAACGGUACACGAACAGAAAUGUUUAAACAAGUUAAACAACUGUGGACUUCUACCUAUGACGUAACAAUUCAGGCAAAAUUCAAAGCAAGUCCUCAAAACGGCGUUUAUAAACAGAAAAAAUGUUCUAUAAAAUGAGAACCCCUUCAAUUUAAAACCUGAAUUCAAGUCGUUUUAACAAUUUUAGACGUUCUUUUUCACGUUGUAAACCAAAAUCCUGUAUGAUUGGCGGUUGAGCUGACCAAUAGGGUUGCAGUAAAUACUAGGACCCACCAAUCAUGACGCGGAUGUGAGUGGGAGGGACCAAUCAAAGCGCACAAAACCAAAAACAGCCUGGGGACUCAAAAACAGACACUACUUUUGACCAAUGAUCAUGCAAAAGACCGCCCGGAUCGACCAAUCAGGACUCGGAGGGGACUUGAACGGACCAAUCGGCUGCUGCGGCCGCGCCCACUACACUCCACAUUCCAGUGCAUGUUUGCAUCGACCAACGUGAAGUCUGUGUAACUUUAAAUUAUUUUUCUAUUGUAUUUUAGUUUGUUUUCAAGAGUUUUAAAAAGACGAGAUAACAUGUAAAUGCGGGUUAGCCUCAGAUGUGUAAAAGUUGGAAUUUGAGGUUGAUCCGAUUUUUGUUUUGAGUUUUGGAGUUUUUCGGGGGUUUGACGUCAGGAUUUUAAGAGCAGGAAUCCUUGCUGUUACCUGUAGCCACUCUUGCCUUGGGCCUCUCUCUGGACUGGAGAGAGAGAGUUAUGUGUGAGAAAUGUACACACAACCAGAUAUUACCGGUUUGCUCCAAUUUAUUCAGAAAACCAAACGAGAAGUAUUUAGUUUAUGGUAUAGGGUCUCAAAAAAUAAAAACGCUAUUAGGCUCUGUUCACGCUUACGUCACAAACUAGGAAAGUGUUUGGAAACAUGCGAUGACAAAUUUAGUAAUAACAACAGAACAGAAAACAACAGACUGUUAACGUCACAUAUGAACAGUUCUUCAGAUAAACUAUAACAUAAACAACAGAACAGAACAAGUUUAACAAACUCUCCAUCUCACUCCAAAUCACUAAAUCCAUUCAGUUCUUCAUCCUCGGUGUCACUUCUGAACAACUCCACCAACUCGAGCUAAGUCUAUCUUUUAGACUGCGAUGAGCUUUUUUUUGUAUCUUCAUUGCAGUUUUCAGAAUCCUCACCUGAGUAUAAAUCCCAGAAAACAUCCAAAUCAUGAAAAAACGUGAUUUAUAAUAAGAAAAUUCCAUAGUUACUAGGGUUGGGCAGUAUCUAGAUUUUGAUACAUACAGUGUAUACAGUAUUACUGUUUUACCAAAAUGUUUUAGUACGACUUUGGUAAGAUACAAAGCCGCAACGCUGUACGGCCUGCAGACUUAUAAUCUCUGAAAAGUUUCACAUCUCCAGCACAACACACACAGAACAGACUCACCAUCAGCAGAACAUCCUCUGUCACAGAAAGAACACUCAAAUUCCACUGAGUUGUGUCCUUUAGUCCGACAGAAGCUGAACCACAUCAGCGCACAAGGAAAGAGCUGUUUUUAUCAGCGCUUUAUAGUUUAUACAAAUGAGCCAUGUGGUUUUAAGUUUAGUUCCUGUAAAACGUAAACAAAUGUGGCCUGAAACCAAAAUGCUGCCAAAUUACAGAAGUACAGAAAGAACAAAAGGGAGCAGGUAGAGGGUGGAAAAAAGGAUCAAAACUCAAACACAAAAACCUCCCCAAAGAAGUAAAAAAAAAAAAAGUAAAACAUCGCACGAGGAAAUUACAGAAGUACUAGUAUUUUUUUUUUUUUUUGGGACCAAUACGCUUGUGGCCGAACUUGCCGUCUUGUCUUGGUUUCUUAUGAGCGUGACAACGGAACGAAACUAAUCGAACGCCAUCUCCCCACGCAGUUAAAAAAAACAUUAUAGACACUUUUAGUUUUAAAUCGUGAUAGAAUUAAACUGAAAAUACAAACACACAUUCAUUUCUGCUGAGCAAACAAAUGUAGGGAUCAAUAAAUUAUAAUAUUAUAUCAGGUCCUUACGCGCUGCAGAUUUUUUAAAUGACGGCAAAGAAAACGAAAUUGUUGCGACUUUUUGAUACCGUAAUGUCGUAUUACCGUUUAAAGGUUGUAUGGAGGAUUUUUUUUUUUUGUUUCAAACUGUCAAUGAAAGUUUAAAAUACCAUUACAGAGACACAGCAGCUUUGUAAUUAUAAUGACCAAAAAAAAAAAAAGGAAAAUCCAUCAACUGUGGACGUAGUGAAGCCAGAUAAACAUCAGCCAAUAAAACGAGGCUCCCUCAUUUUCUAUUGGCUGUUAGGCUGUCAAUCAAACUCCCUAUGUUUCUAGUGUAAUUGACUCAUCGGCGCGCUGAGAUUACAUGGUUUAUUCAGCGGUUCUUAGAGGCUGUAGCUUUUACGCAAUUCGCACAAAAUUUGUUGCGAUUGCGGACGAGAAUCCACGACCAGUUUGUCGCAAAAGAAAGUCAGUUUUUGAGGUCGCUGAAAGAUGAAGAGAAGGGGAAAAGGAGCAAAACCAAACUGGGGUGAUUCUUGGAGAUUCCUUCCAGUAAUGGCGUGACUGAAGCAGACGAAGGGCCUAAAAACUGAUGUGUCAGUCGCUAAAUUCUUUCUACACAGGUCACUUCAACAGUAAUUCUGAACACGCACGGCUGUAAACAAGCGUGAUUUCUAGAGUCAGGAGGCAGGAGGAGAUGUUUCUACUUGUGGAGCUGUGGAGAGGAAGGUGGUGUCAGGCAUGCACAACAUUUGAAAAAGGACUGUGGCUGUAUUUCUCUUCCCUUAAAAAAUCCUCUAUACAACCUUUAACACUAGUAGUUACCAGCGCUGGGCUCGCCGACAGACUAUGAUAAAACCAAGUGAAGUAAAUGUCAUCAGCGGUAAAACUGAAGAAGAGUUUGGAAUCGUCUUGAAUUUAGCAUGUCAUUUUUUUCUAAUCGCAUGUACCCAGUGCGCUCGGAGUUAUACGUCAGUGAGGAAACGAAAUAACGGAACACUAAAGUGACAUGGAGAUGAAGAAAACUGACAAAAUCUAGAGAGGUUUCCAAACGUUUUCCCGGUUUGUGACGUCAACGUGGACAGAACCUUUAAAAAAUAAACUAAAAAGACGCUGUACCUGAUUUUUAACGAGGUCCGAAGUUAUUCCUCGCUCACUUUACGCAUUCUGAGCGUCCUGAUUAUUCGCCGUGAUGAGUUUAUAAAUGUUUUUCUCAACUUUCAGAGACCGGUGCGCCGGAGACAACAACUAGCAUGUUAACCGCGCACUUCUUUUGGGCGACUUUUGACCUCGAGAGCUGCUUUUACAAUGUACUUUUACACAUUUUGCUCAAACACGUGGGGAAAAAAAAUCAGGUACAGGCCUUUUUAACGUUCACUUUUUCGUUAUAGCGAUAUGCAAAAUUUGAAUAUUCGAUUUAAAUUUCACGCGAGUCCAAAAAAUGACGUUAUUUAAAUAUAAACAGAAGCUGGUAGACAAUUUUCCAAGUACCAUUACUGCGAUUUAAUGUCAAAUACUUUUCGAAAUACAAUCUACUUAAAGUCGCUUGAGGAAAAUGUUACUAGUAGUAUUACAGUACAGUUAUUUUUUACAUUUUUGACUACCGCAGUUCUUGAAAAUGCAUUAAAAUCCACACGUACAUUGUGCCUAAGCCUUACGACUGUUACUUACAUUAAAUAUUGAAUGUAGCUUAUUGGUUUUAACUUUGAACCAGUGUAAAAUGUUACUUACUGAGCAGGCGUUUUUACUUGAUUUUACUUUUUUUUUUUUUCAAUACACGCUUCAAAAAACGCGAAUCGUCGAAGCAGAAUCUUUCAAAUUGCGGUAAACUCGGCGUGGUAAUACGGAGUUGUGUGUACAUUUGCGUGUGAGUUUGAACCGGCGCUGUCUGAUCGUUCCCUGUGCCUUAGCCCUGAGCGGACCGCGUUUCCCAUGAUGCCGCGGGGGCAGGUUUACAGACAGUUUACUUUUACUGUGGCUUUAUUUAACCUGUGUUUAUGUUUUUUAGCGUAGCGUCUACACAACUGUUUUUUAAAGGGGGUCUGAGCUCAGGACCAAGAGGAAGACGACUUUUAAGGGUUUGGUGAUUUCUCGGUUUUGGGUUCGUGUGCGUGAAAGCUGCUGAAAAAACAACAAAAAAAACUCAAACCUUCUACAAAUGUGCUCUGAAACGCAAAGGGAGGCUCGGUUCAGAUUUAAAUUUUUGCUCAAAUGCUGCAUCGCCAAAAAAAAAUAAAUUCAAAAGUAUAAAUUUUGUUUUCAUUCGCAAAAUUUGUCAGAAAAAUCACAAUUACACUUUGUUUUGUUUUUUCACCAAAUGUCCUUAUUGAUGGACCAAUUUGAAAGUAAUCCGUGUAUCAUUCGUUUUUCAAAAUAAAACUAAAAAUAAGAAAAUGAAAAAACAACGGACUGAACCAAGACUAAAAUCAGGACCAAAACAGGACUAAAAUCAGGACUGAACCAAGACUGAACCAGGAUUGAACCAGGACUAAAACAAGCCUUAAACAGGACUAGAACCAGGACUAAAUCAGGUCUACACCAGGAUUAAACCAGAGUUGAACCAGGAUUGAACCAGGACUGAACCAGGACUAAACCAGGAUUACACCAGGACUAAACCAAAACUAAAACCAGGAGUAAACCAGGUCUAAAUCAGAGCUAAUCCAGGACUAAAACCAGAACUAAAACCAGGAGUAAAUCAGGACUAAAAUCAGGACUGAACCAGGACCGUUGUCUUAUUUUUGUUUUUAUUUUGACAAACGAAUGAACGAAUGACACACAGAUUGAAAGUCGAACUCUUAUUUCUUCUGCUACUGCAACCCAAAAAAAACAGAAUGUACUUUCAAAUCAAUUUUUUUAUUUUUUUAUUUUUUUUAUAGAAAAACUUAAAAAUUAAUUUCUUGUUGUCAGCACUAAAACCGGUUUAUCUUCGUGUGAUAAAAUAAGUUCUGAAGCUAAAUCAAUGUUAGUGAGCGGGAUACGUCAUAAUGACCCGUAAGUGUGCGUGAAAACGGGUGAGUGCGUAAAUGACGAGAAGAAACGUCUCAAACUUCAGUAGCCGGACAUCCACUCAAAAGGAAACCGUCUGACCUCGCAGCAUUAGGAUUCGUUCGUUUGACGGUAGGCGGGUACUUUUUUUUAUUUAACCAAUCGCUGCUAUUUGGUCGUGACGUAUGUAAUGCUCCAAAUCCCAUAGGAAGAAGGACAAUAACAUCUUUAACCCUUGAUAAAAUUCACCAAACAUUCUCUUUGUUCCGGCUUUAAAUCCUCGAUCUCUUCGCUGAUUGGCUGGCGCCCGAACUUGCACUUCCGGGGUUUUUACGAACCGUUUAGUGUAUUCCAAUUCCUGAUCUAGUCGCUGGAGAGAAAUGAAACUGAGCGGAGGCACCAAGAGAGUCUGAAACCUGCUGAAAUCCUGCAAGACACUGACACGAUACAGACAAAACAGAGGCUCUUUCUGCAGGAGACAUGCGCAGUAGAGCGACGCGACGAUGCGCCGAGGAAGAUUCUCGUUUUGAACAGUUAUUUUGCGCUUCAUACAAACACCCUGACGCAGCUUUUAUGUAAACGACAACUGAUGUGGCUGUGGAAGAAGUAAACAGAGCUGCUGGACGUGAACUCGACAUCAACGAGCCGAUGUUGAGACGUUGGCGACGGCAGCGCGACGAACUGAUUCAACGCAAAAAGACGACAAAAUCUUUCAGAGGCGAUAAACGAACUUGAAAACAUUCUUGAAGACGUGUACACCUGCCGCUUAUAGACAAAUCCGGCCUGUUUUUAUCUUUUCAAAUUUAGUUGGUGCCCUCAAUAGUCCGGAAAUUACGGUAAUAAGUCUAUAAGUUAAAGAUUCUGAAUGCGAUUUUUAUUGUCUUUAAAAUGAACUGAUUUGUUUUUUCAAAGUUUUAAACAGUUUGCAGUCGUCCAAAGUUCUUCCUCGCUUCCCCUUACGCGUUCAGAGCGUCCAAAUUCCUCACCGCGAUGAGUUUUUAAAAGUGCUUUUCAUCACUCUGAGACUUGAGCGGAGUUUUGCCGUCACUAUAUAAUACUGACGGCAACUAGCAUGCUAAUCACGCACUGAUCAAUGGACUAUAAAUACCAAAAUAAAGACAGUACAGCAGACGUAUUUGGACCCAAAGAGCUGCUUUUACACAUCGCUGAUUUGAAUUGUGACCCAAAUCUUUUUUCUUCUUAGUAUCUCGUUGCCGCCCGACCAGAUUCUUAAAGUCCCGUGUUCCUCUUGGCGCUGAGAGCUUUAAUUUAAGGUUUUUAGGGGGUUAGAUCUUGUUGUAUGCAAUCAUGUUUUAUUCCAAUCAUUUAUCGUAGCAAUAUUUACCAUUCCUCUGUUACGGUGUCGUGUUUUUUCAAGUGUUUUUGGAGUAGGAUUUCUGUCGUAAUCUGCUGGACUCUUCGUGUUCGACGGUUUUUAUUUAUUAGGAUUAAGAAGACUCCACAAAAGCUGAGACCAAAUAGGCCUUCUCUCUCUUUCUCUUUCUCUCUUUCUCUUUCAACUUUCUUUUUCUCCCCGCCUUGUAUGUAAGAUUUAAAAAAAGGAUUUGGGAAAAAGUGCGACUCGGAAGAGAAACUGGACGUGUUUUCAGGUCGGUCAGAACGAUGCCGCACCAAAAAAAAAAAAAAAACAAGGGUGUACGAAAGCGGACGUCGCAGCGAGGAAAAUAAAAAUCGUGGACGCAGCAUCGACACCAGCGAGUGUUUGUAUUCGUAAAAAUCGUUAUUUAUCAGCGCCAAACUCGGUGGAGAAAGCAGCAACAACGCUGAAUCCAAAGACGUAACGGAUACAGCAAAUGUUUGGUCGCACAAUCUUUAUUUUGAAAAACUUGAUUUCUUCACCGUAUUCCACACACACGUUUUUUUUUUUUGUGUGUGUUUGUUUGUUUUUACCGUGUGUGACUCGGAUGAACCUGCUGACGUCCACUUUUCGGUUCCCAAACAAUCCGUGUGUCAUUUGUUUUUCAAUAUAAAACCAAAAAUAAGAAAAUGAAAAAAAAAACAGCGAUUUUCUUCAUUAUUUGUCUCCAAAACCAAAAUGAAAAAAAAACCAAAUAAUGAUUCGUUUUUUCAGUUUUUGAUUUUGUGAUUAAAUGAAAAAUGGAAAAAAAAAAGGAUUACAGUCGUUUCCUGUUUUCGUGACUUAAACUGCAAUGCGGGACUAAAUCGGGACUAAAACAGGACUGAACCGGGACUAAAUCGGGACUAAAACAGGACUGAACCGGGACUAAAACGGGACUAAAACUGGACCAAAUCAGGACUGAACCAGGACUAAAAUGUGACUAAAAUGGGACUAAAUCGGGACUAAAACGUGACUAAAAUGGGACUAAAUCGGGACUAAAACAAGACUAAAUUGGGACUGAACCAGGACUGAACCAGGACUAAAUUGUUUUCAGUCCUGGUCUGGUCCUGGUCUCAGUCCCAGUCUCAGUCCUGUUCCUGGUCUCAGUCCCGGUCUCAGUCCUGGUCUCAGUCCCAGUCUCAGUCCUGGUCCUGUUCCUGGUCUCAGUCCCGGUCUCAGUCCUGGUCUAAGUCCCAAUCUCAAUCCUGGUUCUGUUCCUGGUCUCAGUCCCAGUCUGGUCCCAGUCUUAAUCCUGGUCUCAGUCCCGGUCCUGUUCCUGGUCUCAGUCCUGGUCUCAGUCCCGGUCUGGUUCCAGUCUGGUCACAGACCUGGUUCAGUCUUGGUUUAGUCCUGGUUCAGUCCGGCAUCGUAGUUUAAGUCACAGAAACUUUUUUUUUUUCCAUUUUUCAUUUAAACACAAAAUCAAAAACCGAAAAAAAAUAACGAGCAAAAUAGUUUGUUCGUUUUCUUAUUUUUGGUUUUGUAUUGAAAAACAAAUGAACGAACGACACGAGGAUCCCAAACACCCUGAUUUUCGAGAUGAGUCGCGAGAACCGGCACCGGCACGAUUCUGUCAGCCUGAAAACCCUACCAAAGUGUUAAAGUGGAUGUAAUUUGAAGGACGAAAAAACCUCAAAAUGUUAAAAACGAGCCAAACUGAAUCGUAUCUGAAGGAAAGCUGCAAGAAACACAAAUGUUCAAAUCAUUUCAGAGGAUCACGUCGAACUUUCGUCACUUUAGACUCGCUCACGGAGGGAAGAGGAAGCACAACUUUUACUUUACGAGGAGUAAAAAAAAAAAAAACGUAAUCUCAGAUUUUCUACACUUCCUGAUCUCUCUCUCUACGUCCUUUUUUCUCCGUUUUGUCGUUCUUUCUCUUUCUCUUUCUCUCUCUUUCGUAGAUGCAAAUCGCUCUCAGGAGUACCGAUUCAUUUUGUUGAGACAGUGCCUUUUUGAAAUGCCUUUCGUUUAAAAUCGUACGUGGUCUUUUUUUUUUUUUUUUUUUUUCGUUUUCUCUUUUUUUUUUCCCGGCUGGCUUGAGUCCUGUUUUCGUUUUGUUUUUUUUGUUUUGUUUUUUUUCCGAGGCAAAAACCCAGUGGAAAUACAGUGAAAAGAUGUGACGUUUGAAACUCACUUCGUCCGAGUGAGCAGCGAAGGCAGCACGGGGCGUUCGGGAACCGCUCCGAACUUUCCGAAUGGUUUCUAAUGAAGCUUAUUUUACUGCUGAAAGAGGCCAGUGAAGUUGAUUUUAGAUCUUGGAAUUCUUCUCAAAUACAAACAAUUCUAUCUUCGCUUUAUUUUCAUAAUGUUAAAAGUAAAAGUCAAAUUAUUGUCUUUUGUUUUUUUAGUUUAAUCUCGACUAUUCUGCAAUUUAGACACAUUUUGACCCAUAUUUACAUUGACAAAAACGAACUUUAUUGAUCCGUAACGGAGAAUAUUUGGACACAGUUGCUUACAAAUAACAAUAUAAUAUAAUAAAAAUGUUUAAAAAUAUAAAUGGCAACAAUAAAUUCUAAAUAAAUUGCAAAAACGAGCAAAAGACAAGUUUCAAAUAAAACAAAAUUAUAUAAAUGUAAAUGUACGAGACAAAAUAAGAUAGAAAAAUAAGUAAUAACAUAAAAAAAUAAAUAAAAAAUAAUAAUAAAAUACCAAGUGACAGUUCUUUGGAAGGAAAAUAAAAAAUUGAGAUAAAACUAGGCAAGAUUUUUGGUAAAAUUUUGAAAAAUGUGGACUAUUUUCGUCAAAUGAGUGCUGUAGUUUCACUUGUCAUACGCACUUUAACAUUUCAGUCGUAAAUACAGGGUUCCCACAGUCAUGGAAAUCCUGGAAAAGUCAUGGAAAUUUGUAAAUUCAAUGACAGUUUUGGAUUAAUUUUAGUAUCUAUUUCACGCAAGUUCUCAUGAGGAUAUUAUGAUUAUUUCCGAACGUCUGCGCUUUUUUGUUUAAAAGAGACGACAAUAAAUGUACUGACAGUAUUUUGAAUUUUUAAAAACGACUAAAAAAUAAAUUAAAUUAAAAAUCCCAAAUUAUAAGGUGAGUGGAACAGGGUUAACGUUUCAUAUUUAGCCCUAAAAUUCUGAUUCUGAGUGAAAUUCUUCUCUAAAGUCCAUGGAAAAUUCACUUUAAUUUGUGAAAAGAUUUAGAGAUUUUGAAAAAUAGCGGGAACCCUGAAAAUAACCUCGAUUUUUACAAUAAAUAAACCAAUAAUACACCAGAUGCCCUAACGUAACAUCUUAAUUUCUUUUUAGAAUCUCAAAAACAUCACACGUUCUGAAAUCUCACCUCAGUAUUUCGGCGUUUUUGACGACAGCCGAGUCUGCGCCGGUCGUUCCCGCGGGUCAGCGAAGGCCCCGUGCUGCGUUCAGGGCCUGUAGGAGCUGUACAUACUGCCUGCGUGUGCUAAGUGUGUGCUAAGCGUGUGUGUGUCUGUGGGUUUCAUGUGUAUAUUUGGAAGAACCGUUCUGAGCCUUACAGUUCAUGUCACAGAAGAAUAAAGAGCUUUUUAUGGAAAAUUCAAA